AUGUCAACACACAAACCCAGCUGUGAAGAUCGCUCAUCUUACACUCGAGUUGCCUGUAUUGGCGCUGGAUUCUCAGGGAUAGGCCUGGGCGCGACGCUGAAGCGCUGGCACAACUUCGACGAUAUCCGAUUAUUUGAGCGCCAUCCAGAUAGCGGCGGGACAUGGUGGGCAAACCGAUAUCCUGGCAUUGCAUGCGAUAUCCCGACCGGGCUAUACAGCUUCUCCUUCGAAUUGGAUCCCAAUUGGGGAAGGUUUUUGUCCGCAGGUGGAGAAAUUAAAGCAUACCAUGACCGUGUCCGAGACAAAUACUGCCUACGGGACAAAAUUGCCUUCUCGACUGAAGCCUACCGCUGUGAAUGGGAUGACGGAUCGAGCCUGUGGACGGUAUAUCUCCGAGACCGAAAGACGGGAGAAGAGUAUUCCCACAAAUGCCAGAUACUCUUCAGCGCUGCCGGGCAGCUUGUUGUGCCUCGCAAAUGUGAUAUUCCUGGCAGCGCCAAGUUCAAAGGUCGUAUAAUGCACUCAGCUGAGUGGGAUUCUUCUCUAGACCUAAAGGACAAUAAUGUGGUUGUUCUUGGUAAUGGCUCUAAUAGGGAAUGCGUAAUUAUCCCAGGCACGGCCGCACAAAUCGUCCCCUCGAUUUUGCCUGAGGUGAAGCACCUUACUCAGAUUGUCAGAUCAAAGCACUGGAUUGUCCCAACUAUCAACCCCCGCUAUUCAUCAUGGAUGAAGUGGAUAUUCCGGUAUAUUCCACUCACAAUGCGAGUGCAUAGGUUUCUGAUCUUCUUUCUAGCCGAGCGUGGCUGGCCUGCGUUUCAAAUGACCAAGAAGGGUAUGGAACUACGACAGUGGAGGCGCGUGAUGGCAGAAAAAUACAUACGGAAAAAAGCCCCGGAAAAAUACCACGAUCUCCUUAUCCCUGACUUCGAAAUCGGAUGCAAGCGUCGAAUUUUUGAUAGUAGUGGAUAUCUCAAGUCCUUAAACGCAGAAAAUAUUACAUUAACCAAUGCCAAACCGCUGGAGAUUGUUAGCGAAGGCAUAAAAACUGACAAGGGCUUCAUAGCAGCCGACGUUAUCGUCUUGGCCACCGGUUUCCAGACCAGCGAAUUCUUCCAUGGCAUGGAUAUUUUUGGGCGAAAUGGGCUGAGUGUUAAGGAACACUGGUCCAAAUAUCCGGGACCAACCGCUUACAACAGUUGUGCUAUCAGCGGGUUUCCCAACUUCUUCAUGUUGCUAGGCCCCAAUUCGGCGACGGGACACACAUCCGCGAUCAUAGCAUCAGAGAAUGCCAUAAAUUACUCGCUUCGCAUACUGAAGCCAGUAAUCGCCGGAAAAGCAGCAACCGUCGAGCUCAAGCAGGAGGCUGAAGAUUUGUACACCCGUGAGGUUCAGGCUGCCUUAGAGGAGACCGUUUUCAAUGCUGGGGGUUGCCAGUCUUGGGAAUCCCAGAAGUCUGUCCAGAAGAAAAGAAAGGCAGCAAAGCUUUCGCUCUCAUUGAUCGCUGUUGCAUUAAAACGUUUCGUAACGAGCCUCCGUGGUUUGUGGUUUGUCGGCUUAAUAUAA